UCGAGGCCGGCCGUCGUCUUUCAUUCUCCACACGACGCCACACGAUUCGUACACACGCUCGACCACUGCGUACGCCCACCGCCUCCCCCUCUCCCGGUACACACCUAUCCAUCUCCCUCGCCUCGCGACCUCAAAGCCUCAGUUCCUCGAUCGCUAGGUCGCUCCCUAUAAAUUUGGCCUCCCCGGAGCUCAUACCUUCAUCAUCACUACUCUUAACAACUGUCCGACCGACGAUCAGCUCAUCACCGCCGCUGACCACUGUGUGCGACGAUCAGAGACAGUGCGAGAGAGCGAUGGGCGCUGCUACCGUGGCCGCCGCCUCCUCGUCUCCUCGCUCCAUGGCUGCCGUUGCUGUUGCCGCCCUGUGGUUCCUGGCGGCGGCGGCGACCGCGGCGGCGGGCGUGCCGGCGAUCUACGUGCUGGGCGAUUCGCUCGCGGACGUCGGGAACAACAACCACCUGCCGACCAUCCUCAGGGCGGACUUCCCGCACAACGGCGUCGACUUCCCGGGCGGGAAGGCCACCGGCCGCUUCAGCAACGGCAAGAACUCCGUCGACUUCCUCGCCGACAACCUUGGGCUGCCGAGCCCGCCGCCAUACCUCGCCCUGUCGGGCAACGCCAACUACGCCAACGGCGUCAACUUCGCUUCCGGUGGUGCCGGCGUCCUCAACUCCACAAACAAGGACCAAUGCAUCAGCUUCGACAAGCAGUUCGACUACUUGUCGUCGGUGUCAGCGUCCCUGGCGCAGAGCCUGGGCCAGGCGCAGGCGGCAGCGCACCUGUCCAAGUCCCUCUUCGCCAUCACCAUCGGCAGCAACGACAUCAUCCACUACGCCAGGUCCAGCUCUGGCACGGCCACCGGCGGCGCCGGCGCCGACCCGUCGCAGCAGUUCGUGGACACCCUGAUCCAGGCGCUCACGGGGCAGCUGCAGCGGCUCUACGACCUGGGCGCGCGCAAGCUGGUGUUCCUGGGCACGGGCCCCGUCGGCUGCUGCCCAUCGCUGCGGGAGCUGAGCGCCUCCAAGGACUGCAGCGCCGUGGCCAACGGCGCCUCCGUCCAGUACAACGCCGCCGCGGCGUCGCUCCUGGCCGGCAUGGCGGCGCGCCACCCGGACAUGCGCUACGCGCUCUUCGACUCCUCGGCGGCGCUGCUCCAGUUCAUCGACCAGCCGGCGGCGUACGGGUUCGCCGAGGCCAAGGCGGCGUGCUGCGGGCUCGGGGACAUGAACGCCAAGGUCGGGUGCACGCCGCUGAGCUUCUACUGCGCCAACAGGACCAGCCACGUCUUCUGGGACUUCUACCACCCCACGGAGACCACCGCCCGGAAGCUCACCAGCACGGCGUUCGACGGGGCGGCGCCGCUCAUCUUCCCCAUCAACAUCAGGCAGCUCAGUGCUCUGUAGGCAACCUGCAAUCAGAGAUUCAGAGUCAGCCGUAUAGGUGUUGUGUACAGACUAUAUUGUGGUGACAGAAGAAACCAAAGGAUAUAUACGUAUAUAGCCAACAUAGAAACUUGGUUGUGCAUGUACUAGGAUUUAGCUGAAGUAUAUAUAGUUCAUCAUCAAAGAAAGAAGCAAAGUAUGAUUUACAGUCA